GUUGGUGAGAAUAGGAAGAGUAGCAGAACAGUAACUGACUGUAUAGUCUAAGUAUCUCGAUAUCAUUUAAACCGUUAAAAAAGAAGAAGAAUAUAGCCAAAAAAACAUGAAUCUAUAAUUCAUAUAAUAAAAGUGCACCCUAUUUAAUUUUGCUUAAACAUGUCUACUCGUUGGUAUCCUUUGUAUCAGAAAGGAGGGCCUCAAUUACGAGUUUUUUUACCAAAUUUCUGGAUGAAACUUGUGAGGCCUCCGCAUGCCCAACCUUCUAAUGUUGUAGUAUUUUCAUGUUCAAUGGAAAUGACUAAAUAUGAUAUUAAAAACUAUAUGGAAAAAAUUUACAACGUAAAGUGUGCAGAUGUACGAACUAGAAUUCAUAUGCCGAAAACGCGAAGAGAACCUACUCAAGGAUAUGUUAUUAAGGAUGAUGAUAUUAAAUAUGCAUAUAUAACAUUGAUGAAAGGUGAAGAAUUCCAAUUUCCAGAUUUAUUUGAAAAUAUUGAAAACAAGGAACAUGAAGAUCAUGAGAAAGCUUUGAAGCAAGCCAAAGAAGGUUAUCAAGAAUUUUUAAAUAAAAACAAAGAUAGACAAAAUAUGCCCGGAUGGUUUACUGUAUAGGUUUAAAUAAUAGAUGGUAGAUAUAGAAUUCAAUAAAAAUGUUUUGUUAGUAUGUUUAAUUAUUUCAACAUAUAUUAAACUAAAUACUUGAGAAAACAAAUGAUACCUAUAAUCAACUCAGUCAUUCUCUCUGCAUAUAACUUAGCACCAACAAAAUGUUAAUGCCUCUGAUAAAAUUGAAUUAACCAAAAGAAUUUUAUAAAGUGAUUUGUUAGAUUAGUAUUUUUGUUAAAUAAAUCCAUAGAGAUGAAGAAGUUACCUUAGAUAAAAAAGCAUAUCAAUCUGAUCUAUGCAGUGAAAAUGUGUUGCAAGCCAUUUUAUAAUUUAUUAAAUCGAAAAUAUGAUCAAAAACAAACUAAAAUGCGAAGAAAAAAUGUUGGAACUUCAAAGCAACAGUAACCAUUCUUUCAACUCUGAUACACGAUAUUUUAGUUUAUGGUACACUUAACUUAUAAUUAACCAACAAGUGCGGGUUGAAGAAAGAUCUUUAUAUACAGAUUCAAGUUGGGGCAUAUACCUUGCAAAAAUGUCCGAGGAUAUGACCAAAAUACAAAAAUGCCUGGGCAUUUAUGUAUUUCUUGAAAAAAUAUUGAUUUUUGUCAUUUAAUGAUACUUAUUGAUGAAUCUGGUUUAAUGGUAUAUUAUUGAUAAAGUUUUUUGUAAAAUCUUCAUAUAUUUAGUUCAAUAAACUAAUUUGUAUUUAUAA